AUGUCCGCGACUCCAAUUGCCCAAGGCCACCACAUCCAGGCCUACACAUACUGGGACUCUCCCGUCCCGGCCAACCUCGCCGGCCAAAACUUUACAGACCCCGUCAUCUUCAAUCCUACCACUUUCACACUCAUCACGACCCCCAGAGAGGCCGUCUUGGUCGACACUCCCACCGUUCGAUCUCGCGCCGAACCCGUGGCUGACUGGAUUGCCGAGAUCAUCGAGGGCCGCAAACUGAGCACCAUCUACAUCACUCACGGCCACGGCGAUCACUUCUUUGCCGCUGGUGUCAUACAGGAGCGGUUUCCUGAAGCUGUCAUUCGUGCAACGCAGGGCACAUAUGAGCACAUGCAGGAACAGCUUUCCCCUGCCUUCUGGGACGGCUUUUGGGUUCCAACUUUCCCAGAGCUUCAGGAGGGUCCAAAGCCUAAUCUCACGGUAGAGGCUCUCCCCAAGGGAAAGGACAGCUUCAAUGUGGAUGGCCACGAGUUCCGCGCUGUUGAGGUUGUGGGUGGUGAUACUGCCUCGUCAACCGUGCUUCACGUGCCCUCCCUAGAUCUUAUUGUUGGAGGAGAUGUUGUAUAUGGCGGGUGUUAUCAGUACCUUGCGGAAAACACAACGCCUGAGCUCCGUCAUAAAUGGAUUGAAGCCGUCGACGAAGUCGCAAAGCUCCAUCCCAAGGUCGUCGUGCCCUCUCAUCGCUUGUCCACUGAUGGCUUUGGGCUCGACAACUUGGAGGCAACCAAGCAGUACAUUCGCACCUGGGCAAAGCUCGAUGCGGAGACCAAGACAUGGCAAGAAAUGGAGGCUUCUGUCCUCAAGGCAUAUCCGAAGAGGAUUGGAAACUACAUUCUUCGAUUAUCCGAGCUAUUAAUGACUAGGUAUGAUCAGAACAUUCUUAUCACAGGCAGCAUGUCAAAGCCGAGUCCCUUUACAAACAAAGACAGUUUUGCUGCCGCAAUCUAUACCGCCUUUAACUGUUCUGAUUCCGAUGUCGAGAACAGUCUCCUCAAUCUCUACACCAAAGAUUCCAUCAUCACCGUCAACCAGAACCGGAUGUCAUGGGAAAAGUUCGUCCCCUACAUCCAAGCGAUACGCGCCAGGACAAAUUCUGUUGCUAUCGAGUGCCAUCACUUUCUACGCGACGGAAACAUGUUUGCCGAGAGACAUACGGCGAGGGGAACGGGCAAGGAUGGCACAAUGACAAAGGUAGAGGCAUUCACUAUGGGGGAACUGGAUGAGGAGGGGAAGGCAAUUUGGCUGGAAGAGAUUGCCAUUCCGGCCUCAGAUGCUGAAAAGACUGGGGAGAAUGAGUAA